GGGUGAGCAGCAUGAGCUCCAUUUGACAGGCAUGGACUUUGCUUUCGGCUCUCAGUAGUUUCCCCUGGUAUCAUAUCAUCCCGCUGGAAUCAUGUCAUUUUAGCGUUAAUUAAAGCAGAGAAUAGACGCGCAAUUUUGGCUAAUGUAGGUCCAAUCAGGGCUGGUGUUCUUCUGAACGAAGGCGCUUCAGGGACAUCUCUGGCACCCAGACCGAGCAGGUGGGAAGUGAAAGUUACUUUGCUUGCUCGGUUCCUCUAAUGCAACCGUGCAUAGGUCUCCAGGCAGCAUGAACGUGUCCGACUCCUGGCGCGUCGGAGACUCGUCCCCUCCUGCGCUGGAGAUGUCUCCGGAACCGUGCGCGCGUCCCCCGCGGGAGCAGAGCGCACGGCUGGAUGUGCCCGCGCAGUCGGCUGGCCCUCAGCGCCGAGCCUCGCACCUGUACGGCUACGGGCAUCGCAUGUCGGUGUACAGCGCCACGCGACCCGUCCUCACCCGCGCUUACUUCCAAGGACAGGUGUACAACUUUUUGGAAAGACCAUCCGGGUGGAAAUGCUUUGUGUAUCACUUUACAGUGUUUUUAAUUGUACUAUCUUGCCUGAUCCUCAGUGUGCUGUCCACUAUUGAUGAGUAUCAGUCUCUGGCCCAAGAAACACUUUUCUGGGUGGAAAUAGUGUUGGUGGUAUUUUUCGGAGUGGAGUAUGUGGUGAGGCUGUGGUCUGCAGGAUGCCGCAGUAAAUACGUGGGGAUUCUGGGGAGGCUCCGCUUUGCAAGAAAGCCCAUCUCUAUCAUUGACUUAAUUGUGGUGGUGGCCUCGGUCAUUGUUCUUUCAGUAGGAUCUAAUGGGCAGGUCUUUGCUACCUCUGCCGUCAGAGGCAUCCGCUUUUUGCAGAUUCUACGAAUGUUGCAUGUGGAUCGUCAGGGAGGAACCUGGAGGCUGCUUGGAUCGGUUGUUUUUAUCCAUCGGCAGGAACUGAUCACAACUCUCUAUAUUGGAUUCUUGGGUCUGAUCUUCUGCUCGUACUUUGUGUACCUGGCAGAAAAAGACGCAGUGGACAGCAAUGGUAUCACAGAAUUUUCCAGCUAUGCUGAUGCUCUGUGGUGGGGAGUGGUGACCGUCACGACUAUCGGGUAUGGGGACAAAGUUCCACAGACUUGGAUAGGAAAAACGAUUGGUUCCUGUUUUGCUGUCUUUGCCAUGUCAUUCUUUGCCCUGCCUGCUGGAAUUCUAGGUUCAGGCUUUGCCCUGAAAGUCCAACAGAAACAGAGACAAAAGCACUUCAACAGGCAAAUUCCUGCAGCUGCCUGUCUUAUACAGACUUCAUGGAGGUGUUUUGCAGUAGAAAACCCCGACUCUUCUACCUACAAGAUGUUUUUGCGAAAGAAGCCUCUGUUGUCAAGUCAAAUGAUAUCCAAUCCUAAAGCUAAAAAAACUAUAAAAAUGAGAAGAAAGAUGAAACCCAGUGAGAAAAACAAUGGCCCAAAUUCUCCAACAAUCCCUGCAAUCACCUUCGACUCAGUGUCUGAUGAUGGCCGUGACCAAAGUCAGGAUACAGUGUACAGUACUGAAACAUCCGUAAAAGCAUUUGCUCAGAGAAGAUUUGAACAACAGCACUCCUGGACCUCAAUAACCUCCUUCCAGUUCUCCCCUCCUCCAGUAAGGCAAAGCUCAGAGUUAUUGGAGGUGCAACCACGUCCCCCUUUGGAGAGGAACAAUAGUUUUGCUGAAGACCUGGAAAUGGAAGCAGAGAGGGACAUCUUUCUCAUGCCCGUCUCUCAUGUGUCAGAGUUGCGAGAAACUCACCGGGCAGCUAUUAAAGUGAUCCAGAGAAUGCGCUAUUUUGUGGCCAAAAAAAGAUUCCAGCAAGCACGUAAACCAUAUGAUGUCAGAGAUGUGAUUGAGCAAUACUCUCAAGGCCAUGUCAACCUCAUGGUGCGCAUCAAGGAGCUGCAGAGAAGACUGGAUCAGAGUUUGGGGAAAAUGUCCUUGUUCCAGACAAGUUCAGAACGAGCUAAAGAUCGAGGCACGAAUACAAUUGGUUCCAGACUCAAAAGGAUGGAGGACAAGAUCACACAUAUGGACAAGUCUCUCAACCGCAUCGUGGACUCUCUGAACCUCCUGCUGAAGAGUGAGGGUGGUGUGAGCAGUGUGGCAGGCGCAGUACAGGAUGAAAGGCCCUACACGCUAACACGCAACCUCAGUCUGCCCACGUAUGACCAGCUCUCCACCAUGUGUCCAUCUGCCCCUGAGGAGAGUUCCUGAGCUUUAAUAGCCUCCAAAAAGCAACUGUGCCUUGUGCGGGUUUGUGUUGGAGCUGAGUAGACAUGAAUAAAAAGACACUGAAUCUGUUCUCAUGCUUGGUAAGAUUUACUCAGGUGGACCAAGUCACUCUGUCGGACAAAACGGAAUGGAUUACCGAUUAGGCGUGGUGUGUUUACUGUAUAAGGACAAAUACGUGAGAUUAUUUGUAAUCCAAAAUCUUGAUAUGCUGAUUAUUAUGAAAUCCAGGUUUUUUGUUUUUUUUUCUUCAAAGUUUUAAUACAAGCUACGGGGAUGCUUAAGGCAAGCUAUGACCAUCCAAACUGUUGCAUGUAUAUUUAUUAGAUCCAGUCAUUUGGGGCGGUUAUGCAAUCUGUACAUUUCAAAUCUAUUUAUUACAACGUAUACAUUGAUUCACAAAUUUCGUGAUUUCUGUUCACAUGCAAUUUACUUUUUUUUUUCUUUCCUCCGAAUAAUGAGCCAGACGGUGUGACUGCAUCACUCCGAAAUACUUUUUUUGAUUUUUAUACAUGCUAGUUUGCCUAUUAAUAAAUCUUAACCAUCA